CAUGUAAUUCUCAAGGAAUAUCAUGUUCAUCGAAUCUUGACUGCGACUGUUUUUCAUUAACAUCCAAUUCGAAUACAGGAAUAUGUGCUUCAACUUUUUUCUCCUGUGCAAGUGUUGUACGAUGUAAUAUGGAUAAUGUAACUUGUUCAAUCGGGGGUACAAUCUGUGUGAAUAGUAUACGAUGUGGUCAACCAAUAUGCUAUCCAUUACCUAUGGCAAACAAACAAAUUUGUCCACCAAAGACUAUUUCAAUAACUACAACAAGCACAACUAAAUCUACAACAAAGAUUACAACAACAACUCAAAAGACAACGACCACCACUAAAAAAUUAACAACCACAACUACUCAAAAGCCUAUCACUACCACUAAAAUACCUACAACAGCAUCCACAUCAACAGGAUGGUUUUCUACUGCCAAUAUGAGUGAUCCAAGAUAUGCUCACACAGCAUCUGUAUUAUCAAAUGGAAAAGUAUUAGUUACUGGUGGACGAGCUGGGAAUACUUUUUUAAAUAGUGCUGAGCUGUAUGAUUUAUCUACAAGUAUUUGGACAGCUACUGGUAACAUGAAUAAUGCACGAUACUGGCACACAGCAUCUUUGUUAUCAAAUGGAAAACUAUUAGUUACUGGUGGUGAAGGCAAUGGUAUUACUUUUAGUAGUGCAGAAUUGUAUAAUUCAUCAACAGGUAUUUGGACAACUACUGGUAAUAUGAAUAAUGCACGAUAUUAUCACACAGCAUCUAUAUUAUCAAAUGGAAAAGUAUUAGCUACUGGUGGAUGGAAUAGUAAUCGUAGUUAUUUAAGUAGUGCUGAACUAUAUGAUCCAUCAACAGGCAUUUGGACAACUACUGGUAGCAUGACUAAUGCACGAUAUGCUCACACAGCAUCUGUAUUAUCAAAUGGAAAAGUAUUAGUUACUGGUGGAUGGAAUGGUAAUAUUUUUUUAAAUAGUGCUGAACUAUACGAUCCAUCAACAGGCAUUUGGACAACUACUGGUAAUAUGAUUAAUGCACCAGCUAGUCACACAGCAUCUUUACUAUCAAAUGGAAAAGUAUUAGUAACUGGUGGAAAUGCUUUUAGUGGUGCUUUAAAUAGUACUGAAUUGUAUGAUCCAUCAACAGGUACUUGGACAACUACUAGUAGCAUGUCAAAUGCACGAUAUUUCCACACAUCAUCUAUAUUAUCAAAUGGAAAAGUAUUAGUUACUGGUGGACAAAAUGGUAGUACUGCUUUAAAUAGUGCUGAAUUGUAUGAUCUAUCAACAGGUACUUGGACAACUACUAGUAGCAUGUCUAAUGAACGAUAUUAUCACACAGCAUCUGUAUUAUCAAAUGGAAGAGUAUUAGCUACUGGUGGUUGGAAUCGUAAUAAUGUUGCCUUAAAUAGUGCAGAAUUGUAUUAA